UUGGUUUCAAGCAGCAACAUCCGUACAUAAUCCUUUCCAACGUCAUGCUUCAACGCCUCCAGUGUGCAACCCGGCGUUGGGCAGAGUGCAAGAGGCUGCCGACGCUUUGCACAAGCUGGCAUCGCCGACAUGGAGGUUUGGUGGAUUUGCACGAGCUGGAUCCCCGGAGUUUCCUCAUUGUCGAGGUGAAGCGGGACCGGCCUGGCGUGCUGGGGGAAAUCCUGGAGCUGUUCACGCGAUCAGCGAUCAACAUGACCCACAUCGAGUCCAGGUUUAAGUCUUUUGCUCGAGAUGGGCCCUCCUUCCACAUCGACUUUGAAGGUUCCUUGAAGGACGCGCAGGUUCAGGAGCUGAUGAAGGCAAUCAAAGGCCUGCCUGGUGUGUACGACGUCCUGCCAGAGACCCCUAGAGAAGUCCCAUGGUUUCCCAUGAAUAUCCGUGAGCUGGACCUCACGGUCGACACCUUGGACGGAGGCACUGAGCUGAUCAAUGAGGACCAUCCUGGUUUCAAUGAUCCCGCAUAUCGAGAAAGGCGCUUUGAGAUCGUCUCCCUGGCGAAGGCCUACAAGCACGGAGAGAAGCUGCCACGGGUGAGGUACACAGAGCAAGAGACUGCCACUUGGCAGGCAGUGUAUGAAAGAUUGGGGUCGUUGCACGACAAGUGGGCCUGCAGGGAGUACAGAUCAUACAGCACCAGUCUUCCUUUGUAUGACUUGUGCCGACAGCCCGACGAAGGAGAAAUGCUGCCGCAGAUGGAGAAGUACUGUGGUUAUGCGGUGAACAACAUUCCGCAGCUGGGCGAUAUCUCUGAUUUUUUGCAGCAGCGCACUGGCUUUACCUUGCGCCCCAUCAGCGGAUUGUUGAGUGCACGGGACUUCUUGAACGCGCUGGCUUUUCGAGUGUUUUACUCCACCCAGUACAUCAGGCAUCACGGGAAUCCCUUCUACACGCCAGAGCCAGAUAUUUGCCACGAGCUCUUGGGACAUGUGCCGCUCUUCGCCAACCCCGCCUUUGCGGAUUUCUCCCAGGAGAUCGGCUUGGCAUCUUUGGCCGCUACAGAUGAGGAUGUGGCAAAACUGGCUGCCGUUUACUGGUUCACCGUGGAGUUUGGUCUUCUGCGAGAAGGCGAAGAUGUGAAAGCCUUCGGCGCGGGAGUUCUGAGCAGCUUUGGUGAGAUGGAAUGGGCCUGUGCCGAUGUGCCCUCGCAGGAGUGUCGGGAGAUGGGCAGCAUGAAAGAACAGCUGAAGCCUAUCCUUCGGCCCUUGGACCCCUUGGAGGCAUCCAAGCAGGAGUAUCCGAUUACCACAUAUCAGCCAGUCAUGUUCUGCGCAGAAAGCCUGGAGGAUGCCGAGUUCCGGAUCGCACAGUUUUGCGACUCCUUGACUCGGCCCUUCUUUCCGCAGUAUGAUCCGCUCACCCAAACCAUUCGCGUGACCAAAGCCAUUCGGAGAGCGACCCGGCACUCCACCGUUGAGCUGCAACGUCAGAAGCAGAUGGAAUUCUUCGAGAAAGGAAAGUCAAGAGAGAAUUGAUGGUCCCGAGCCAAGAGACGCCGAGCCAAGAGCCCUGCCACAUCGACGUUUGGGGGAUGAUGUGGCCCUGUACAGUGGCACAAUGGGUCGACCAGUUGAUCUGCCGAAGGGCCGAGAACUUCUUCACAUGUUGGUCGGUUCGGGGGCGCUUGAUUCGCCUUUGGCAUGCGGCACUCAUUUGGGAUUUAGGAGAUGUUGGUCGGUUCGGGAACGUGAGAUCCCACGCACUUUUUUGCGAUCAAG